AUGAAACGAACGACGUCAGAAAGUGAACAUCGAGAAAAAUCGGCCCACAGUAGCUCUUCGGAUCUCGUCAACCAGGAAGCAACUUCCCAGUCACAAGAGACUCAGGCACCGAAGAAACUUAGAAUGCUGAAGAAAGUGUUCGCCGCCUUCCGGGGGAAAAAAUUGGCCCCUGCUGAAUCUACGCCUAAUGAGCCCGCCCAGGGUACCGUGGGCGACGCGAUUUCAGUGAAAGAUAAUGGGACUUUGUCAGUGCCCUCUGCAGUUCUUUCAUUUACGGGGAACCGCCUCGAUCAACAGGCAGAGAUACACUCGCGAAGCAAGGACGACUCUGACGACGAUAAUGCAUCAUUCUUCUCUGCAAAAUCCUCAGGAGACGAUGAUUUCUAUGCUAACACUUCCUUGCCUCCCUUCGCUGAGCCAGCGGGCGCUAACCAGGCGCCCCGGCCGGAAGCAUCCUUGAGUUUGACCAAUGUUGGCACCAUAGCUGGACAUAGAGGUGCCGCUCAAAUGAGGCUUCUAACGUCCGCCUCAACCUCCGUUACAAGCUUCCACUUGUCGCUCUCUGGCGUUCCAGAUGAUCCAGAUAGUGGGCGUGAAGUGCCCAUAGAGAAUGGCAAUAUGGAAGAAAUGAUAUAUGACUCAUCCUCGACCCCCAGUAGCCCAGGCCGUAUGCUGGCUUCGCCGCAGUCAACCAGGGAGCUUGAUACCAUUCAAGUGGUAUCUUCCCCCGUCGCCAAAGUAAACCCCGCCAUAACUGGUGAUGAAAAUCUCGUAAAGCCCCUCGAUGAAGGGAAAGGGAAGGUUCAGUCGGCCACCCUAGAAGAGGGUAACCAGGAGUCCUUUUUGUUCCAAAGGACACUCGAUAACAAGAUCAUUGAAAUAAAUAUUGAUGAGCAGGCCGUCAGCAAAGACAGGCCACUUGGAGACGUUGGACUACCUCAUUUUCCUGUCACGGGAGAGGCAUCAAACGUUGAACAGAUGAGAGAGCAGGAGAACAGAGCGGUACCGACCUCCCCUCUCGUCCCCAAGGACGAGAGGGCUAGACCUGAAGCGUCGGAUAAAGAGGCAUGGGUCCGCACGGAGGUUGAGAUCGUGCAGGAGUCUACGUAUUGCGAGAUUCAGGACACGAACGUCAAUACGCGGGACGCAGGACGGGACAUCGCCGUCGUCGCUAAACCCUCGCCACUCGAGGCGCUGCCCCCUGAUUUAAUUCCUCUACCCCAUGAUGAAGGGGAUCUGACGAAAGCCUCGGAGACACCUGCUCACCGUGUAGUCCCGGAGCAGACCAUUCGGGUGGCUGAGUCACAAACGGCAUCCAUUGUCCGAGCGCUGAGUGUGGGCAUGGAGCCUGCGCCAGCUCCCCUGCGUGAAGACUUGCCACUUAGCUCGGCGAAUGCCACGCAGGAGCUCUCAAGCAGUUUAUUGCUGGAGAAGCACGUUGAUCUAGUCCCAGACCCACGAACAACAGAUCAGGAUAUCAACGCAGUAAGGCUGCUAGCAAAUCUGGGAGGAGGAGAAAGUUUACCUCCACGACCCCCCAAUGAGCCUUCAAAUGCGACUACCUGUGAGGCAAGAGCACAGCAACCCCCGCACGGUACUAGUCUGGUCCAAAAGGGAAACCAUACGGCUGGACCAGCUGCCCACGUACAAGAAUCAGCAGAUGUUGGAGUAGAGAUGAUGCUACAACAGUUUAUCCAAAUGGCGGAACGAAUAACUUCUCAGUCCGGUGACUCUGAGCGAUCACCGCCACCUCAAGCCAAGCCCGUCAACUUCGUCAUUAACGUCACCAACAAUCACAUCAGCUCCGUCGCGCACGGCGCGGGUGGGGAUAAUUACUAUGGGCCGAUAGGGCAAUCGGCGAUUGGUGGCCAAGCAGGGCACAACGACAUAAGGAACCACCAAACAACGGAGAUCACCCAUACUACGCAAUCAUACGAGUCACAAACUCAUCUCGCAAACACCAUCAAGGCUCAUUGA